AUGUUCAAGAUCAGCUACCUGCGCGAAGUGCGCAAGGAGAAGUACGAGAGCUCAGAUGUCUUCACUGAGGAGCCCGAGGACUCUGAGUCCUCUGCAGGUAUCUCAGCCAUCCAGGGCUGGGAGAGCCUCCAGGAGCUCAACAGCCGCUUUGCCCGGUACAUCAACAGGGCGCGAGUCCUGGAGCAGCGCAACGCCGUGUUCCGCAAGCAGCUGGAGACGCUGCAGCGAAUGGAAGAGGCAAGCGGCCUGGAGGAGGCCUUCACAGAGCAGACUGAUGUCAACAGGCAGCGGAUCCGAGAGCUGUCAUCCGACCGGGCCAAGCUGGACAGAGAGCUGAGGGACGCCUGCCGCAUGAUGGAUGAUUUCACCAGCAAAUAUAGAAACGAGUGUGAUUACCAAGAGCAGCUACGUGGCACUCUGGAACAGCUAAACAAGGAGGCUGACAGUUCGCUGCUGAGAAACCUGGAGUACCAGAUCCAAUCACAGUUCCUGCAGGAUGACAUCAACUCCACCAGAGAUCGACACAAGAAGAACCUCGCAGAGAUCCAGACCUACGUAAACAUUCUGCAGCAAAUCAACCAGACACUUCCCCUCGUUCCCAAUGUGUCAGUGGGCAUCUCUGAGGAGCAGGAGAAGCUGCUGUCCCAGAGGAAGGUUCCGGGGCUGCAGAGCCAGCUGGAGGAAUAUAAGAGCGCCCUCUGUCAGCUACAGGCUCAGAAGCAUCGCCUGCAGACUGAGACUUCCAUGUUGGAUCAAACCAUCAAAAACACACAGGAGAGCUACGACGACGAGAUCCAGAUGUACAACGAGCAAAUCGAGUCUCUGCGCAAGGAGAUCGAGGAAGCCGAGAGGUCCCUGGAGAAGUUCACCAGCGAAUGCCGCCACCUGUCCAUGUACCAGACGUCUCUUGAGAACGAGCUGGAGAGGUACAAGAGGAUCAUCGAGAAUGAGGAUAACAGGUUGAAUUCAGCGAUAAUUGGCACUCCCAUUACCCUGUUCACCACUAAUUACCGCUACACUCACACACCGACUGCAUCAAGCAGGGGGAGAGAUAUCACUCAGGCUAUCCAAGACAUCACCAGCGUCAAGCCCCGGCAGAAGUUCCUGGCCAAGAAGGUCAUGAAGAAGAGAGAGCUGUGCCAGAAAGAUGUGAUAGACAGUGGCCAUGAGGACAUAAAUGUGGGAGCCCCUGGGGAGGCUCCAGAAGUAGAGGAAGUGCAGGAGGAGAGGGUGAAGAGACAAGAGCAGAGGCCUGUUCUCACUGGUGCGUCUCCACAGGAUGUCCCAGACGGAGCUCAGAUCAGCAAAGCCUUUGACACCCUUUGUAACAUUGUCAGAGACAGACUGAGGAAGUAUAAGAAGCCUGAGCCAAUCGCUGACUUCUACACCAAGGGUCGGUACGUCCUGGUCACCGGCGACGGCAGUUACUCAGAUCCCUGCUUUUACACGUCCACACCAUCAGCCGGCCACAUCUAUGUCACCAUCCGAGAUGGAAUGGUGCCUCCCUAUGAGCCUUAUGGACCCAUAAUACCCACUCCCCCCCUGCCACCUCCUCAGCCCACUCCAGACCCCAUGCCUAUCGGCCCCAACUUGCCUGUAAAUCCAGGAGGAAAGGAUGACAAUAAGGGUGGAAAAGGUAAAGACAAUGGAGGUAAAGGUAAGCAUAAGGGCGGAGAGCCUCACCCUAACCCUAAAGAUCCAAGCCCGGCCCCUCCACCCUCUGGCCCAGGGUCCAAAGAUCCCACCCCAGCUGCUGAUCACUUCAAGAAAAGCAGGGAUGACAACGGCCCAAGUGGACCCACUCCAAAGCCUGCACCUCGUGGUGCCAGUACUAGCUCCAGCUCCAGUUCCAGCACUAGCACCAGCUCCGGCACCUACACCCCAGACGCCCUGAGCUAUGAGAAGGUGGAGGUGAUGGAGUCUGUGGAAAAGUACUCCAACGACCGCAAGAUCAAAGACUAUGAGGAGACUUCCAUGGUGGUGGAGACCAUGAUCGAGAAGUCCAGCAAGAAGAAACAUUGA